AUGGCUGUGUUCAAGUUCACCGUGGGUCUGUUGGCCCUGCUGCUGGUUGCCUGUGCUUGGGCUGAGGAGCUGGAGCUGUCUGUGUCUGAGCUGCUGGAGAGAGCCAACAGGGACCGCACUCCUGACUUUGACGAGCCUGAGCUGAUGGGAGACAUCGCCAUCGACUCUCCUGAGGAGAGGAACGCUGACCCCUGCACCUCCCGUGGCUGCAUGUGGCAGAAGUACAACGACGGCAAGGUCUACGUGCCCUACGUCAUCCAGAACCACUACUCUUCCCGCGAGCUGUCCAUCAUCCAGCGUGGUCUGGACUCUUUCUCCUCCAUGUCCUGCAUCCGCUUCAAGCGCCGCAGCAAUGAGAGGGACUACCUCAGCAUUGAGUCUCGCAAUGGAUGCUACUCUUACAUUGGUCGCCGUGGAAACGCACAGACCGUGUCCCUGAGCCGUUCCGGCUGCCUGUACCACAACACCGUCCAGCACGAGCUGCUCCACGCUCUGGGCUUCAACCACGAGCAGACCCGCAACGACCGUGACAACCACAUCACAGUGGUCUGGGACAACAUCAUCCAGGACAUGAAGCACAACUUCAACAAGGUCGCCACCCUGAACCAGAAUACUGGCUACGACUACAACUCUGUUAUGCAGUACCACAAGUACGCCUUCUCCAAGAACAACCGCCCCACCAUGGUGCCCAAGCCCAACAGCAACGUUGCCAUCGGCAAGGCCACCCAGAUGAGCCAGAACGACAUCAACAGGCUCAACAGGCUGUACAAGUGCUGUGAGUAG